AUGGGUAAAGCUCCUUUCAUAGUUUCUAUAUUCAAUUUAGCCUUAUUGACGUUAUGUGUAAAGGCUCAAUUUGAUUAUUUUCAAAUGGUUCAACAAUGGCCUCCAGCUACAUGCAGUGGAGUAAGAUGUUAUGCUAACCCUCCUGCCAUGUUCACAAUUCAUGGUUUGUGGCCAAGUAAUUAUUCAAAUGUUCCUCUUAUUUGUACAGGACAACCAUUUAAUCCAACAUUAGUACCCCAAUUAAACACAUAUUGGCCGGAUGUAAUAAGUGGGAACAACCAACGAUUUUGGAAACACGAAUGGGAUAGUCAUGGAACGUGUUCCGAUCCUCCUUUCAACCAACUUCAAUAUUUCCAAACAACUCUAAAUAUUCGUACAAACCAUAACUACGAUCUCCUGGCCAUCUUGAACACUGCAGGGCUAGGCCCGACUGGCACAAAUACUAGACAAUACGGAGCCAUUGAAGGUGCCAUUCAGGCUGCCACAGGUAAGAAGCCAGGUUUACGCUGCAACAAAAAUGCACAAUCUAAAAAGAAACAAUUGUUCGAAAUCAUCUUGUGCUUUGACAAAAAUGGUGUCACUCUAAUUGACUGUACUCAGUUUGCUGGAAUCACGUGUCCUUCACAAUUUGUGUGGCUCGAUCGACAACCCUUGAGUUUGGUGAGUGCAGUUGGAGAGCUUAAGAAUUCUUUAGUCCACCGGGUCUCUAUUCUCAAGUUUUUGUUUCUCUGUAUUCUUCUUUCCAUUACCAUCAUGUUUGGGAAGAGAUUUUAUGGAACACGUAGAGGUGGUAGUGGUGGUGGAAAGCAGGAAUAA